AUCAGGUUCAAGAUGAUGAAGUCAUAUGUAUUAGGGUGUUUAAGUGAGCUCGUCGAGAGCUUCCUGCUCCAAAACCACUGUUAUGUGCUGGUGUUCUUAACAGUCCUGCUUUCGACCCGGUAUAUCCUGGGGACGAACACCAACCUGCCGCCGGGCCCGUGGGGGAUUCCGGUCCUGGGCUACCUCCCCUUCCUCACUAAGGAUAUACACGUCUUCAUGAUGAACCUGUCCAAGAAGUUCGGCUCCAUCUACAGACUCAACUUCGGCAACAAGCUGCUGGUGAUCCUGACCGACCCGAAGGUGAUCCGCGAGGCCUUCCGCAGGGAAGAGUUCACGGCGAGGCCCUCCAACGCGCUCUACGACAUCUUCGACGGAUACGGUCUGGUCAACACCUCCGGCGACAUCUGGCGGAACCAGCGGAGGUUCCUGCACGAGAGGCUCCGUGACCUGGGCAUCAAGACCACCGGCGCCGGACGCCUGCGCAUGGAGGAGCGAAUCCGGAGCGAGGUCAUCAGCCUCCUGAGGUGCCUGUCGGCGGGCAAGAACAAGUUCAUGUCGGUCGACGAGCUCUUCACCAACGCCUCCACCAACGUCAUCUGCACGAUGCUCAUGUCCAUUCGCUUCCGGCCCAACAACCCGAGCUUCCUUCGCUUCAUGGAGCUUCACGACGAGGGCUUCAAGCUGUUCCUCAAGUGCGACAUCGCCAACUACAUCCCGGCGCUGAAGUACGUGCCCUCCAUCACCGAGAACUUCCAGAAGCUGAUCCGGAGCCGCGACGAGACGUGCGAGAUGAUCCGCGACAUCAUCAAGCAGCGGCGGGAGAUCUUCGACCCGGAGAACAUCAGGGACAUCCUGGACUCGUACCUCCUGGAGGAGCACAACGCCAAGCUCGAGGGGAGGGUCCUCUACGAGGGAAAGGAGUUCGAUCGCCAGCUCGUGCAGGUCCUGGUCGACAUGUUCAGCGCCGGCGAGGAGACCGUGAAGACGUGCCUGCUGUGGUCGCUGGUGUAUCUGCUGCACAACCCCGAAGUGAUGCGGAAGGUCCAGGACGAGCUGGACGCCGUCGUGGGGCGCUCCCGCAUGCCGUCCCUCGAGGACCAGCCUCAUCUGCCCUACACGGAGGCCACCAUCUGCGAGGUCCUCCGCCGGUCCUCGGUCGUGCCCCUCGGGACGUCCCACGCGACCAGCAAGGACACCGUCCUGGGAGGCUACAACAUCCCCAAGGGCGCUACCAUCAUCCCGCUGCUGUACUCCUGCCACAUGGACCCCAACCUGUGGGACGAGCCCGAGAAGUUCGAGCCGACUCGCUUCCUGGACGAGGAAGGGCGCGUCAGGAAGCCGGAGCAGUUCAUCCCCUUCGGCGUCGGGCGGCGGAUGUGCCUGGGCCACGUCCUCGCCCGCUCCGAAAUGUUCCUGUUCUUCACCUCUAUCCUCCAGAACUUCACGCUCGGGUACCCCGAGGGCGAGCCUCUCCCCAGCUUGAAGGGCGACCUCGGCGUCACAUACACGCCGCAGCCGUUCAAGCUGCUGUUCAUCCCCCGCGAAGGCUCCAAGUUCGGCGAGAUCGAGAGGCAGUCGAGCGAAUUCAGAACGAUGGGCCUGUAAGCCCUCCUCUGACGCGGCAUUUCUGGUGCGCCGCCCGCGAGCGCAUCUGAAUCGUCUUACAAAAGUUCCUGUGCAUGGGCUUCAAGUCCUCUCCCGCCCAGCGCCGCCUCCCUCCCCGUGGGCGGAGACCUCUUCGUCACAGGGGAGGGCGUCGGGCGUCGCAGCACGGCCGAAGGCGCUGAGAGAGGCACAGCGGGAGGCGUGGUGGGCUCGGCCCCUCCCCUCCCCGGGACCAGGAAGUUCCACCAAAGACACUCGCAGGUCCUUUUGGGGUCCGGCAACUCAUCUGUGAUAUGUUGAUUAGUUUAGAAUUAUCUGUAAUGUAUUUAAGCUACAGUUGGUGACCGUGUCCUCGCUCGCGCGGACUCGCUGUGUCCGGACUCUCAGAUCUGAUCGAUGUUCCUUUUGAAGCGAGACGAGGAAACGUUCACCAAGUCGCAUUACGUUAGGUCGGGCCGCGGGAGCCUAGUCAGCUCGCGGCCGCGACGCUUCGGCCACGAUGUACAAAAGGAGCACAAACUGUGUAUAAACUAAGACGGAAAAGGCAAAAGAGACGGUCACGUAGUUGCAAAACUGUAAGUUUUGAGUAUGUCUCUUCUAGGGAGAAUGAAAACCAUUUUAUUAUUUUAUGAAAUACCUGUUCAUGCUCAAUACUGUGCUCAAAUAAUUUAUAAGUGUAUAAGAAUGUUGUUACAAGACAAACGCGUGAGGCAGACAAUAAAAUGUUGAAUAAUA